AUGUCCGGAUAUCAGCAUUUGUCAAAGGCUGGCUCACGUUUUUUGAAACAGGUCGAAAGGCGGCCGAAACACCUGGUAGACCAUUUUAAAAAGUUCGAAGAGAAAUCAAUGCCUUCGUUCUUGGUCCCAUCGAUUCCGCGUGUGGAGAAUGACCAAAAGUUCCAGUCAGUACGCGAGUGGGUUUUUAUGCCAGGAGACCGCGUUGUGAUAACGAGGGGAAGAUGGAAAGGUCAAAUCUCAGUAAUUCAACAACAUGACAAAGAGACAAAUGGUUUCAUUUUAGAUGAGAAUGGGCCAACGAAAACCGUUCCCGUCCCUAAACAGUUUUGGUCUGAGGGUCAGAACUCACACAUGGUAACAUUUCCAAUCGCAGUCGAGAAAAAAGACCUUAAACUUGUUGCCGAUAUUGACGACCCAGCAGCACCGGGCCAGACAAAGACUGUGGCUGUCAGAGACAUUGUAUUCAAGGGAUCAUACUUUGACGAAAAUUACAAGCAACGUAUGCCUUUUAGAUGUGUCUCUGGGCAAGAAGAUCUUGUUAUUCCAUGGCCUAGACCUGAGCCUAAGGCAGAUGCUGAAUUAGCCACGCCAGCUGAAGUUGCGCGCGAGCAAACCUUUUGGGUCGAAAGCAUUGCCAAAAACCCAAUUCCAGAGGGCGCGCUGCUCACCGUCCGCAACCCACACUCAAAAUGGAGAAGAGGGACUCUGUCAGCUAGAGACAUCGCAAAGCUAGUUGCACCAAAGAUGCCAUUGACCAAGACCAAGAAAGCCUACAUAGCGGAGCAGAAGGAGCUUGCUGCCGCACCAAGGCGCAAGCUCACGUCCGAGGACAAGGAGCUAAUUGGCUCCAAGAUUUUCCAGCACUUGAAGCAACACCUUUGA